AUGUUUAUAGAGGGAGAACGGAUUAUGAACGCUUAUGGACAGCAGCCAUCUAACCAGCAAACCAGUCCGCUUCAACACCACAGCGCGCAAGAAAUCUUGGACAUGACCGUGUACUGCGAUAAUUUCAGCAUGUACCAGCAAAACCUGCACCACCAUUCGCAAAGGCCGCCUGCUCAUCCGCCAAGUUACGGACUGGGUGAUUACACCUCAGCGACCGCAAACCCAUAUCUAUGGCUCAACAGCCCCGGCAUUAACCCGUCACCCUAUUUGCCAGGCACUAAUGGAGCGUCCUACAUUCAGUCGGGAUAUGGAGCAAACCAGCGACAAUUUUUGCCUCCUCCAACAGGGUUUGGAGGAGCUGACCUCGGUUGGUUGUCCAUCUCAAGCCAGCAAGAACUAUUCAAAAUGGUCCGACCACCUUAUUCCUACUCGGCUUUAAUUGCUAUGGCUAUUCAGAAUGCGCAAGACAAGAAGCUUACACUCAGCCAAAUUUACCAGUAUGUGGCCGAAAAUUUCCCUUUCUAUAAGAAAAGCAAAGCUGGGUGGCAAAACUCAAUUCGACACAACUUGUCCUUAAAUGACUGCUUCAAGAAAGUUGCACGGGACGAAGAUGACCCUGGGAAAGGGAAUUAUUGGACAUUGGAUCCAAACUGUGAAAAAAUGUUCGACAACGGGAACUUCAGAAGAAAGAGAAAGAGGAGGGCGGAUGGCGCCAGCUCUAACGUGUCAGUCAAAUCUGAAGACACCAGCGCGCUGAAGUUGUCGGACACAGCAAGUCUCAUGAGUACAUCACCACAGAGUUUGCAGAACUCUCCGAGCUCGAGCGAACCGAAGUCAUCUCCGUCGCCAUCUGUGGAACACAGUCCAUGUUUCAACAGCUUUGUCACCAACAUGAAUUCUGUAAUGUCUGGUGGCACUGGAGUCCGAGGUAGAGAUAUCGGCUCUGGGCUUCUCGGAGAAUUAAGUCAUAACAGAGAGAACUUGUCUGGACUUGGCUCCUAUUCACCAUCGCAAAUCGCACCACUGACUGAUGCCAGUCAUCUCACCCCCAACCGACUGAACUAUUAUACAUCAGGUUCGAUCAAUGGUGGUCUUAACAAUGCCCUUUCAAAUCAGUUCAGUGUUAACAAUUUGAUAUACAGUCGUGAGGGAACAGAAGUUUAG